AUGCAGUCGAGUUAUCCAGGCUGCAGCUCAUUUCUGGUCAAAGAUGCGAGCGGUAAACCAAAGGGCCAGCGGUGGAGCACACCGCGAAGCAAGAAUGGCUGUCUUACUUGCAAAAAGCGGAAAUUCAAAUGCGAUGAACAGAAACCAGAGUGUAAACGUUGCAUCGCUUCAAACCUCAAAUGUGAUGGCUACGAAGCCCCGCCAUCAAGGCGAACUCGAACACCUUUAAGCAACAACACCAAGCCCAGCCCUACGAAUGCCAUAGUAUUGCAAAAUCCCCCGGUAUCUAUCAAACCUCCACCUGUCACCAAACUCUUCGACAAUGAUCUAGAGUAUCGACACUUCAAAAUCUACAUCGACCAAACCGCCAUCCACCUAGCCGGCUGUCACAAACUAGACAUCUGGACCCAACUCGUCCCUCAAGUAAGUGAAGCCGACCCAGGAAUCCGCUAUGCAGUAACCGCCAUCGGCGCCCUCUCCCUCUCCCUCGUCCGCCCUCCCAACCCCAACGAAAAAUGCCAACACAAAGCCAUCGCCUACCGCCAAUACAGCAAAUCCAUCGACAUCGUCAAGAACGCGACUCUCCGCGGCGGAACUUCGAUUGAAAGAAGACUCCUAGCAUGUAUUCUCUACGCGACCUUCGAAGGCAUCCACGGCAACGCCAAAAGCAUGGAAUCAUUCGUCCAAUCUGGCAUCGGGAUGAUUGAGAACUACAUGACCUCCCCCAACCCGAAACCCAUCGACCCCAUCAUCCUCGAGGUCUUCACCGUCGUCGAGAUCGAAGCCGGUGCUUUCAUCGACGGCGGCGCCAAACUCUCCUUGAACCCAAAAUACCUGGAACAAUCCAUAUCCCACUCCAUACCAAAAUAUUACACCGAUCUAAAAGAAGCACGCCUAGCCGUUAUCGUCAUAGUAGCCAAAGCCCUCCGCUGGAUGUACGAUCGCCACCACAAUCCCUCCCCAGAACCCAUAGAAAGCGAACUCACCACCCAUCUCACGCGUCUGCAAACCUGGUCCGCUGCCUUCGCGCCCCUCCUCACCACCUCCCUCGCCCUGCCCCGCGGCUCAUUCAACCUCAAAGCCGCAGCCAUGAUCCGCGCCCACUAUCUCGCGUACUACCUCUGGAUCUGCACCGCGUCCCCCACCUUGCAUACCUGGUACAGAAAGUUCACAGGGGAGUUAUGGGAGAUUGUUAGGAUGAUCGAGAUUAUCUGUGAGGAAGGGAAAGGGGAGGUAUAUGCUAUUGCUGUGAGGGUGGUGGUGCCGCUUGUGGUUGUGGCGUUGAAGUUUAAGGAGAGGGGGGCUAGGAGGAGGGUUUUGGAGUUGAUUCCGAGGUUGCCGAGACGGGGGGGUGGGUUUGUGUUGGGGAGUGCGGUGGGGGUGGUUAGUGCGUGGAUGGCGAGGCUUGAGGGGGAGGGGGAUGGAGUGGAUUGUGGGCUGGGAGAUGGGGAUGGGGAUGGAGAUGGAGAGGAAGAUGGGGAGGGGUAUGUAGAUGAGGGGAGGAGGUGUUGGGUUACUGGUUUUGAAGUCAGUGGUGAUACGUUUGAUGUUAGGGUUAAGCAGGUUGUUGAAGGGCGGGAGGUUUUGUGGGAGAGGAGUAUUUGUUUAAAAUGA